AUGUUAGAGUCGAACACCCGACUGAAUAUUACGGUUAAAAAGUUGCAUGUCUGUGGUGAGUGGAAGUGGCUGCAAGGAGGGGAGGACACGUGUGGAAUUUGUCGAAUGGAAUUUGAAUCUGCGUGUAACAUCUGCAAGUUCCCAGGAGAUGAUUGUCCGCUCGUCGUCGGCACUUGCCGGCAUGCGUUUCAUAGGCAUUGCAUCGAAAAGUGGAUCGCUGCUCCAUCGAAUCAGCCGAGAGCUCAGUGCCCACUCUGUCGACAAGACUGGCAAGUGGCCGACUAA